AUGCCGCGUGAUUCCCAGAUGCAGACGACUGGUGUAGCUCAGCAGUGUAGCAUUGGUAGCAGGAUAUCUACAGUUCGUCCAUGGAGUGCUCAACCACCGCCGACGUCGGAAACCAGAGAAGGAAAGGAAUGGGCUAAUGCGCUUCCAUUCGAGCGAAUUCCCGGGCCAAAUAUAUUUAAAAUGGUGGUAAAUUUCGCCCCUGGAGGUCGCUAUUACAAAGCAAAUCUUCCCGACCUGCAUCGGCUGCUUCGCAAGGACUACGGCGAUUUACUGCGCAUGCCAGGCCUGUUUGGAAGGAAGGACAUACUGCUGAGCUUCAGUCCGGACGAUUUCGAAAAAAUUUUCCGAUCUGAAGGGCAGUGGCCGUUUCGACCGACACUGGACAGCUUUCUGUACUAUCGGAAGGAAGUCCGGCCGGUAGUAUUCAUGGGAAUGGGAGGCUUGACAAUGGAUCAAGGUGAGUCCUGGCAAAGGUUUCGCACCAUGGUAAAUCCUGUGAUGAUGCAACCCAAGACGGUUAAGCUUUAUAUUGAUAAGGUUGAUGGAAUCGCAAGAGAGUUCAUGGAAAUUAUGAAGAAUAUUCGUGACGAAAAGAACGAGCUUCCGGCAGAUUUUGACCAAUGGCUGAACCGUUGGGCUUUAGAGACAAUUGGAAUCCUAGCCAUGGACACCAGAUUGGGCGUUCUACAGAGGACACCAUCCGAUGAGGCGGAACAUAUUGUCAAGAAUGUUCGACGGUUUUUCGAGCUAACCUAUCAACUGGACUUUCUGCCAUCAACGUGGAGAUACAUUAAGACUCGCAAGUUUAAAGAACUGAUGAACAUACUGGACGAGCUUAAUGAAUUGGUCAAGAGUAAGGUCGACGAAGCUGUCUUCAGAUUCCAUCAGAAUCCAUCACUUGAGUCCCAUCAUAAAAGUGUGCUUGAAAAACUUUUAAGCCAUAAUCGUUUCGUUGCAGUGUUGAUGGCAUUUGAUAUGUUGCUAGCAGGUGUCGAUACGACUACGUCUGGAACAACCGGGAUCCUAUACUGCUUAGCUAGAAAUCCUGAAAAACAGGAAAAACUUCGCCAAGAGCUGCGCACGAUUCUUCCCAAAAAGGAUUCCCCACUGACACCGGAAAACAUGCGAAACAUGCCAUAUCUGCGAGCCUGCAUCAAAGAGGGUCUUCGGCUUUGUCCUCCUAUAACCGGUACAGCACGGGGAGUUGGAAGAAACAUCGUCCUUCAAGGUUAUCAAAUUCCAAAAGGGACCAACGUAGCAAUGGCGGCAAUGACACUACUACAGGAGGAUAAAUAUUACGAACGGGCUAAAGAGUUUCUGCCCGAGCGAUGGCUGAAUCAGGAAAGCGUUGUUUCUUCGACUCGCAAGAACUCCCACCCGUUUGUGUAUAUUCCGUUCGGUUUCGGUCCACGAGCGUGCGUUGGCAAACGGAUGGCCAUGAUGGAGAUGGAGAUUAUACUCGCCCGAAUUACACGGCUAUUUGAGUACCGUUGGAAUUACGGCGAGUUGAGAAUCCGCGGAGCGGUUGUUAACAUUCCGGAGAAUGAGCUUAAAUUCGAAAUGCGAGAGGUUGAUGAUUGA